GUGCUCUUGGCGAUCGGUCGGUCGCUCGUCUGUUUCUAAGCAAAAACGAAAGAAGAACACCGACUUAUAUUAUCGAUCUUAAAAAAAAAGUGGUCACUAAAAUAUAACUGUUACCUUAUAUAUACGGAUUCGGAUGCUCUUAUAUCUGUCCGCUCUUGGAAGUCUAUGAAAAUAAUUGCUGAGACCGUGAGCAGAAUAUAAAGGAUCAGAGCUGUGCAAACCAUGCAGGAUGAUUUACUAAUGGACAAAAGCAAAGCUCAGCAGCGACAGCAGCAAACAGUAACCUCCCAGGCUCCACAGCAGCAAGAUUCCAACUCAGAAGCGUCCUGUGUUGCAGAGCCGCAUAGUCCAGAGAGCAGCCCCAGUGUCAGCGCCCCCUCCCUUAAAGAGAAAAUGCAGAUUGAGUCCCCUGUACUCCCCGGUUUGAGCUUUCCUCAGCCUGGUCAGCAACAACCCCCAGCUGCCCCUUCACUCUCACCCUCUUUUGGAAGCACUUGGUCCACAGAAGGCACUAGCAGUACUGUAGAUGACAGCUUUUUUCAAGGGAUAACUCCAGUCAAUGGAACCAUGCUCUUCCAGAACUUCCCACACCACCAUGUUAACCCUGUGUAUGGGGGUACCUACUCUCCACAACUGGGGCUGGCACAUCAGCAACAACAAAGGAGAUCCCCUGUUAGCCCCAAUACACAAGCACCCUAUAACCAGAGAAAUGCUUACAGCCACCAGCCUAUCCUGACCAACAAGCCUUCAUCAUCUUCACUUUCCCCUUCCAGCUGGAAUAACCAGCAAAAUGCUGCUUGGACUUCACCUUCUAACCCUUGGGCAGCCCUACAGCCAGGUAGGGACCCCAGAAGGGCUGUAGGAGUUGGAGUAGGUGUUGGAGUUGGGGUGCCAUCACCUCUCAAUCCAAUAUCCCCACUGAAGAAACCUUACUCCAGCAAUGUGAUUGCUCCCCCUAAGUUUCCCCGAACAUCCCCUCUAACGUCCAAACCCUGGUUGGAAGACAACUCUUUCAGAACAGAUAAUGGAAAUACCUUAUUGCCCAUACAGGACCGGAAUAGGCCCUAUGACUCUUUUAACUUGCACUCUUUGGAGAAUUCAUUAAUGGAUAUGAUAAGAACAGAUCAUGAACCUCUGAAAGGUAAAACUGGCAUUAACACCCAUCACAUAGGAUCUAAUAAUAGAAGUGCAUUGGAUAGUCGAUCAUCACUGUUUCCAUUUGAAGAUGGUUUCCUUGGUGACAGCCAUGGUGACCAGUCUUUAUCUUCUGGUCUGAGUUCUCCAACACAUUGUGUUAAUGGUGAACGGGUAGAGCGUUAUUCUCGAAAGGUGUUCGUUGGAGGACUCCCUCCUGACAUUGAUGAAGAUGAGAUCACUGCAAGCUUUCGUAGAUUUGGACCUUUGGUGGUAGAUUGGCCUCAUAAAGCAGAAAGCAAAUCCUAUUUUCCUCCAAAAGGUUAUGCUUUCCUGCUCUUUCAAGAUGAAAGCUCGGUGCAGGCUCUAAUAGAUGCGUGUCUAGAAGAAGAUGGGAAACUCUACCUGUGUGUGUCAUGCCCAACUAUCAAGGACAAACCUGUUCAAAUUCGACCCUGGAACUUAAGUGACAGUGACUUUGUGAUGGAUGGCUCUCAACCCCUAGACCCAAGGAAAACGAUCUUUGUUGGGGGAGUUCCACGACCAUUAAGAGCUGUUGAACUGGCAAUGAUAAUGGACCGUUUAUAUGGAGGUGUCUGCUAUGCUGGCAUUGAUACAGAUCCGGAACUGAAGUAUCCAAAGGGAGCUGGCAGAGUGGCUUUCUCCAAUCAGCAGAGUUAUAUUGCUGCUAUAAGUGCUCGCUUUGUACAGCUUCAGCACAAUGACAUUGACAAACGAGUGGAAGUGAAGCCAUAUGUGCUGGAUGAUCAAAUGUGUGAUGAAUGCCAAGGCACACGCUGUGGUGGGAAGUUUGCUCCAUUCUUCUGUGCCAAUGUUACCUGCCUGCAAUAUUACUGCGAGUACUGCUGGGCCAGCAUUCACUCUCGUGCUGGCAGGGAGUUCCAUAAGCCACUGGUUAAGGAAGGCGGUGACAGACCGCGCCACGUACCCUUCCGUUGGAGCUGAGCACCUAGCUUGAUGUUGUCACACAUAAUAAAGUGGACGGAGACUGAGGGUAGAAGGCAAGAAAAGUUUUGGAAAUGUUUUUUUUUUUCUCCCUCGGAUCUACAGAAGAAAUUGGUCCUUUUUAGUUCUUUUGUAUUAUUGUUAUUAUUUACAGUCACCUUACUGAACUUAGUGUCCAGUAUAAUGCAACCAUACAGAGUGUAACUGUCCUAAUUUUUGCACUUUGAUUUAUACAAAUGUCUACUUUGGUACCUUAAUUUCCUUCAAAGAACUGUUUGUCAAUAGACAAUAUGGCUGAGGAACAUCUCCAUCUCAGCUAAGUUGUGGUGAGAAAAUCUCUGUUCUAAACUGGAGCAUGCACUUAAUUUUUAAAUAACUUACACUACCCUCCACCCCUACAAGGUGACUUUACCAAAGGUAUAUACCAAGUCAGUGGAAAAUGUAGCAAAAAUUGUACUAAAGCUUCAAGCAAAUAUUACAAUCCCUACAAUCAAGUUAAAAUCCCUUCACUGCUAAACGAGCCUACAACAUCCUCAGCAUUUAUGGGGAUAUGCAGUUACGUCUUUAUUUGCGUUUUUGGGACGUAGAUGAUUAAUAUUUUAUAAGGUGGAUCAGACUUAAAUUUUCUUUUACCUGUUUAAUAUUUUUUUUAUUAUUUUUUAUUUUUUUGAGGGUGGGGUGUGAGAGAUAUAGACUUUUUAGUGUUAUAUAAAUUUAUGCUGCAAUAGCUUUUGCUGCUAUUUAAAAUGGUAUUAAUAAUACCGGAAUACUCUAUUCAGGGUAGAGUAUCUGUGAGUGAAAAAUAAAAAAUAAAAAUAUAUAUGUAUAUAUAUGUAUUA